ACUCUCCUUUUCCAACUUUCUCCCAAAAAAAUCUCUCUCCCUCUCUCUAUUUCUCUCUCUCUCUGCAAAAAUUUUUCACCCCCCCUUGAACCGCAUCCAUUUUCCUCACUCAAAAAGAAAAAAAAUUUUCUUUUCUCCUCAAAAGAUCUAUGUUUGCUUGAUAAUUGGACGAAUCGAAAGAUUCAGAAAUAAAUUGAAUUGAAGAAGGCGUGGUUCGAUUCAAUAGCAAUAAUUAGAAUCUAGGGUUUGGCGAUCUAUGUUUUGGUUUGAUUUUAGUAAUUAUGGAAACAACGACGAGCGAUGUUGUCAUGUUAGAUGCGGAGUUGCUUCAGCUACCAGAGAUUUCGCCUUUAGCUUUCAAAUCUUACCCUCACUUUCCCCAAACACUCUUCGAUCAGUGGCUCUCUCUUCCCGAUCCCAAUAAGCUGGUGACAUCCCUGGUUAAUGAUGCCAAGACAGGUGCUCCAUUGAAUGUCUCUGGAAACUCUUCUAGUGCAAAUGCUGCCACUGUUAAUUCCUUACCUUCCAUGUUUCCUGCGGGAAGCACACCACCUCUUUCUCCCAGAAGUUCAACCGGUUCCCCUCGUGUGACAAAGCAAAGGCCUGGCCCAUCUAAUUUAGGCUCUCCUUUGAAAGUAGUCAGUGAGCCAGUAAAGGAGUUGAUACCACAGUUUUAUUUUCAAAAUGGCCGCCCCACACCAAAUGAACUAAAAGAACAAUGCUUGAUUCGGAUCAAUCACUUUUUCUAUGGCCGCUUGGAUGGAUUGCAAAUACAUGAGUUCAAAUCGGUCACAAAGGAAGUAUGCAAGCUGCCAUCAUUCUUCUCCACGGUUCUAUUUAGAAGGAUUGAUGUUAAUAGCACCGAUUUCGUGACAAGGGAUGCUUUUCUUGAUUAUUGGAUAAAUGGCAACAUGUUGACAUUGGAUAUAGCUACCCAAAUUUUCACAAUUUUGAAACAACCAGAUCUCAAAUACCUCACCCAGGAAGACUUUAAACCUGUGCUUCAAGAACUACUGGCAACUCAUCCAGGAUUGGAGUUCUUACAGAGCACACCCGAGUUUCAGGAAAGAUAUGCUGAAACUGUAAUAUACAGAAUUUUUUACUACAUAAAUAGAUCAGGGAAUGGUAAUCUUACCCUCAGGGAGCUGAAGCGUGGGAACUUAAUUGAUGCAAUGCAACAUGCAGAUGAAGAAGAGGACAUAAAUAAAGUUUUGAGGUACUUCUCUUAUGAGCACUUUUAUGUGAUAUACUGCAAGUUUUGGGAGCUGGACACAGAUCAUGAUUUUCUUAUCGACAAAGAGAACCUUAUUAGAUAUGGGAACCAUGCGCUUACCUACCGGAUUGUUGAUAGAGUAUUCUCCCAGGUUGCUAGAAAAUUUACUAGCAAGGCUGAAGGAAAGAUGGGAUAUGAAGAUUUUGUGUAUUUCAUUUUGUCAGAGGAAGACAAGUCAUCUGAGCCAAGUCUUGAGUAUUGGUUCAAAUGCAUAGAUUUGGAUGGAAAUGGAAUCCUGACACGGAAUGAGAUGCAGUUCUUUUAUGAGGAGCAGUUGCAUAGGAUGGAGUGCAUGGCUCAAGAGCCUGUGCUUUUUGAAGAUAUAUUAUGCCAGAUAAUUGAUAUGAUUGGACCAGAGGAUGAGAGCUAUAUCACCCUUCGGGACCUCAAAGGUUGUAAACUUUCAGGAAGUGUUUUCAACAUCCUUUUCAACCUUAAUAAAUUUAUGGCAUUUGAAACCCGUGAUCCAUUUCUUAUUCGUCAGGAGCGUGAGAAUCCAACACUGACAGACUGGGAUCGCUUUGCGCAUAGAGAAUAUAUUAGGCUUUCAAUGGAAGAAGAUGUUGAAGAUGCUUCUAAUGGCAGUGCAGAAGUUUGGGAUGAAUCACUAGAGGCUCCUUUCUGAGUUUAAUUAGGUGCUCGCACAAAAAGCUCCAGCUUCUUCUUCUACAGAGGCCAUGAGACAUGAAAACAGUAAACUCAAAGGAUCAUUAUUUUAAGGGGUGUGCAACAGUUUUUACCUUUCUAAAGAGACAGUCCAGGCUUGGCAGGAUGGAAUGCAUUUUUUUCAUGUGCCAGCAGGGGACAUAUUCAAGCUUUUGUGUGCAUAAUUUGACGAAAACCAAGGAGCAUUACACUAGAGCAGUGGUUCAUGAAGUUGAACUUCCUGUAAAGGAGAGGUAGUAUCCAAGAGUUGAUUAAUCAAGUCCAGGUUGAGUAGCUCAGAACAUUUACUGCAUUUUUUAUUUAUCAAUCUGUAAGAUAUAAUCUAUGUCGAGGUCUUCUAAUUUAGCAGUCGGUUCUUUUGAUAUGUUUUCUGUACGGUAAUCUAUUGGGUGCUGGGUAGGCUUCCUUUGUCUUAUAAAUUUUUGGAUUGUCAUUUAUCUGUGACUAUAUUCCUAGUUUUUCCACUUCGUGUACACAAAAUGUAGCUUUGUGUUUGUCUUAUGAAAAACUUAAUUAUCUCAA